UGUAUUUAUAUUAUUCCUUUGCUUUUUAAUUUCAGAAUGGAAGGUCAACGAGAAACAAACAUAGAAAUAACUAUCCGAACGGGACAUGAGAGUGGUCUUUUAAUUUGGACUAAUAAAGGAGCGACCAUCCGGGGGGACUACCUUGCUUUAGCUAUAUCAAAAGGUCAUCUACAGUUGAGUUUUAAUCUUGGGAAGCAAACACAACCCUUCACUAUAACAAGUACUCACAGGAUCGACGAUUUAGAAUGGCAUACAGCCCUGAUUGAAAGAAAUAUGAGACGUGGUACAAUGACGAUUGACGAUAAUGCACCCAUCAGCAACACUUCAGAACCUGGAGCCACAGAACUCAACACCGAUGGCGUAUAUUGGAUAG